UUUAAGCACCGGCACCGUUUCAAAAGUACCGGUUUGGCACCGGUAUCGAAUAAAACCUAAACGAUACCCAUCCCUACACACUACCAUAGAAUAAGAAAUGUAUGCAAAGUGUGCUCGGGUUUCGAGAGUGGGUGUGAUUUGCUGAAAGGUCAAAGGUGGGAUUCCCCAAAUCACAGUGCUGGAAACGUGCUGAGAAGAAGAGCUGCAGCGUUCAGGCAGCAGACUGUCAGGUUAACGGGAGCUCACUGCCUGCUGGGUGGCAGGCAGGUGCACACCUGAGCCUCUGUUAGUCAUACACGACGCUGUAAAGCAGGGGUGGGGAACUCCAGGCCUCGAGGGCCGGUCUCCUGCAGGUGUUAGAUGUGUCAGCUGGUUUGAACGGCUAAAUGACCUCAACAUGUCUUAAAGUUCUCCAGAGGCCUGAUAACGAACUAACCAUGUGAUCCAGGUGUGUUGACCCAGGGUGAGAUCUAAACCCUGCAGGGCAGCCGCCCCGGCAACUGUUGGUGUGAUUUGGUGUUGUAUAAAUAAAAGCAUUGAAACUGAAUUGAGGACAAAAGCCUGGAGUUCAUCUCAGGAGGUGGGCCGGCUGUCGUCUCCUUUACAGAUUUACAAAAUCCAAAUCUUUAAUCCAAAGCAGGGACCGAACAGGUGGAGGCGGUCGGCAUAGUGAAGAAACCGGGUCACAUGAUCACACGUAAGGAGUACCAACAUGCAGCUGCCUCGAAACCUGAUGAGGGGAAGUGUGUAUGCUGAGCAGGUAACUGAAGAAAAGUGAAACUAAAGAGGGCGGGGACAGGAAGUGACACUGACCCAGGACCACAAAACCAAACAGGAAGUGGAUUCAAAGAGAAACUGAGCUGGAUGAACUCUGCUGUUCUCCAUGCAGCCCUUUGAAUCUGCCUCCCUGAGUUCAUCUGAGUUCAGCAUGCAGGCUUGAAGCUGUGUGUGUGUGUGUGUGUGUGUGUGUGUGUGUGUGUGUGUGUGUGAGCAGUCUGCUGGUGAUCCCGGUGGCAUCUUGUGUUGCUCUUGAUCCUUUUAUCUCUUCGGUCGGCCUCCUCGGGCUGUCAGCUGCUUACAGCACAAGAGGAUUACUCAGAGUUUUCCUGCAGGCGUCUGCAGGCGGAGUGGGGAAUGGGUCGGUUUGGACAGGUACAGGAGGGGUUGGGGUUGCUCCUGGUCUUCUGGCUGACGGCGGGGCCGGCUCAGGGUCGGCACCCUCUGCCCGUGCUGUGGCUGAUGCCGGUCGGCUCCGGGUCGGGCGGGGAGAACCUGACGGCGGGCGUGGCUCCGGCUGUAAGACUGGCUCUGCAGGACCUGAAGAAACAACCACCACCGCUGGGGAACUAUGAGAUCCAGCUCCAGUUGCUGGACUCACAGUGCGACCCCGCUAAAGCGCUCAAAGCCCUGUUUGACGCCGUGUGGGCGGGGCCCCAGUACCUGCUGCUGUUUGGAGGGGUGUGUCCACCUGUGACAGCGCUCAUCGCUCGCGCUCUUCCGGCGCUUGGCCUGGUGCAGGUGUCUUUUGCGGCCUCGGCUCCCGGCUUGUCCAACAGGAAGUUGUACAGAAACCUGUUCAGCAUGGUGCCGUCAGACCGAGUGCUCAACCAGGCCGCCGUGAAGCUGCUGCAGCGCUACAAGUGGACCAGAGUCGGCGUGGUCACGCAGGAAGGACCCAGACUCUCCGAGAUGAAGAAGGAUCUGAUCAGACAGCUGCUGAAAGCCGGCGUUCACGUCGCCGUCACAGAAAGCCUCUCUGGAGACGUCUGCGGCCGCCUGAAGAAACUGAAGGAUGAGGACGUUCGCAUCAUCAUCGCACAGCUGGAAGAUGAAGCUGUGUCUGAGGUGUUCUGCUGUGCGUACAGACUGAACCUGUUUGGAGCUCGGUACCAGUGGAUCAUCGCUGGCGGAGGAGCAGCUGGGUGGAGGCUGGGGUGGAAGUUUUCUGGCUGUACGGCCAACAGCCUCCUGGUGGCGGCAGACGGGUCCAUCCGGCUGCAGGUCCGAGAGCUCGGCAACGCCAACACGCCGGGAGUCUCUGGACGGACUCCUCAGGACUACCAGGACUCCUACCUCAGGCAGCUGAUACAGGAGAGGUCAGAGGUCAGCUCGCUGUACUCCUUCGCCUAUGAUGCCGUUUGGGUGGUUGCCAGAGCUCUGAGCCAGGCGACGGAGGCGGCGAAACAGAGAGAGAAAUACAGGAACGUGAUGGUCAGCGAGGAGGAGGUGGCGAGGAUGUUGCUGGAGGCCGUGAGAAGCACGCGGUUCGAAGGAGUCACAGGUCCAGUUUUCUUUCGGAACGGGGAGAGAAUGACGUCGAUCGAGCUGGUCCAGUUUCAAGUCAGCAGUGGUGUCCUGGUGGGGGAGUUCAAUACCAGCACCCAACAACUCCGCCUGAUACACCACCUGCUCAGGUUCAAAGGUCCAGGACCAGCUAAAGACCAGCCUGCUGUCCUUCUGCAGCACCGUCACAUCAGCCUCCUCCUGUACAUCGUCAUAUCAUCAGCUGCUGGUGUGACCGUCAUCAUCGCUCUGAUCCUCCUCUUCUUCGUCAUCAUCAACCACAAACACCGGCGGCUCGGCUCAGGCGGUGCAUCCCAGGACGAGCUGCUCCUGCUGGGCGUCCUGCUCUCCUCCUCCUCGGUGCUGUUUUCCGGCCUGGAUGAAGCCUCGCUGUCGGACUGGAUGUUUGGGGUUCUCUGUUCUGUCCGUCUGUGGACUCUCGCCGUGGGGCACACUGUGGGCUUUGCUGCGCUCUUCACUAAAACAUGGAGAGUCUACUCGGUGUUCAGCAUCAACCAGAAGCAGAGCCGAGCGCCGCCAGCAGGCUGCGUCAUAUUCUGGUUAUUCCUGGUGGACACGCUUGUUUUAACCUCCUGGCAAAUCCUGGACCCCUCAGAUGGGUGAUGCUUCAGCAUGACACAGAGGGCGACGCUGCUGAUGAGGACGUUAUUAUCCGGCCGUACUCUGAACACUGCAGCAGUGUUAACAUGGAGCUGUGGCUCACUGUGGUCUAUGGAUACAAAGGACCUCUCCUGGUCAGA